CGGGCAUUGAUGAUCCGUGUCUCUAGCAGCGCCCUGCCAGUGCCCCGGAAACUCGGCUGCCAGAUGGAUGGUUCCACUACGCCGGUGGAAAUAGAUCCGACAAUUUCCCACCCAUGGAGUUCCGAUAUCGCCCCAAGGCGGAAGCUCCCAGUUCCUCCCACAACUCGACAGUUUCCUGAGGGCGUCCAAAGUCGACCUGCACUCAAAUGACACGAGCGCCAGCCAGAUGGCUUCGAGGUCGGCGUUAGCAUCUCUGAGCUAAAUGAUCUCGCUGACUAGUCCUUCGGCCACACCGUCGGUUGUCUAUCUUCACACCAUGCUCUGCAGGCAUAUUGAAGUCCAGCUGGAGCCACUAGUUGGCUACAAGGUGAGUCCUUGGACGGCAUGGGAAUACUGUAUGGAACAGGCGUGCAGAACAAAUCGAACAAUUUUAUGUCUUCAA